AUGAUUGAAAAUAAUAAACAAAUUGAUAACAUUACCAUAGAGCUCCCGUUCCCCCCAAGUGUUGAUUUGAUCAAUCUAAUUAGUAAAAAGAGUCCAGGGAAGAUUCCCGCAAGAUCUCCCAAUGCCUUCAUAAUUUACCGAAAAAUCUUCGUCGAGACUGCCAGACAAAACGGUUACAAUCUUUCGAUGACCGAAAUUUCCACGAUGGCAUCUAAACGCUGGGCGAGUGAAAGUGACGAGGUGAAAGCCAAGUACAAAAUUAUCGCAAGUGAUGCACUGGCUAUUCGUAACGAUGUCUUCCCGAAACAUGGUAAACGUAAACGCAAGGACAGAUGGAACCUUGUAACUUUUGAUCAACCUUCGUCCGAGGAGAUCAAUGAACGAAGAAAAGCAAGAAGAAAGGCACUUAAAAAAAAGUCGGCAAAAACUUCUUUACCAAAAUCGAACUCUUUGUCAUCACCAGACAACCCUGAGAAUUCCAUGAACGAUUAUUCAGCUCAAAGCUUGACCUCGACAAUGGAGGCUCCACCUCUCGACGUUUCUCGUGUCAUGCUGGACGAAAUGGAAUUGGCGGCAAGAUAUGCUGAACCCGAAGUACUUUCAGAUGAACAAAAUCAUGUCCAUACGGCCAUGUUUUCAGAUCACACCGUUGUGUAUUCAGAUGCCAAUGCCACCAUAUUCCCAAAUGAAAUAAAUUCGAUAUUUCCAAGAGAACAAAAUCAAAUGGAUGCUGUCAACUCCGCCAUAACUUCAAACGAACAAUUUCACAUAGACCACACCUAUAACUUUCCUAUUAUUGCACCGUUAACCGAUGAUUUUCUCUCGCAAUUUUUGAUUGCGAACGAUGUAUGCGUCACACGAACACCAAAUUUCGAACAAUAUGCCUCGAGCAUUAGUAGCACCGACGACAUAUUACAAAGUCCUUCCUCCACCCCCUAUAUCUCAGAUAUUUACGUGCACGCAUCACCUUCGAUUAACAUGAUGUCUUUCCUAUAA